AUGGCCGACGACAGCUACCGAAAAGAGUAUCCCCAGCAGAGCCGCCCAGAAGACACUCACUCUCGACCUCAGUCACAUUACCCCCCUCCGCCGGACACUGCCCAGCGGCCCUCCGACGCUCCUCCAUCCAGCAUGGCUACAUCAGUCACUUUGCCCUCCAUCCACGACUCCCGCGGUUACGGCCCGCCGCCUGCAGCUCCGGGACGUGGCUAUCCUGCCGACCCGCGAUACGCAUCUCCCAAUGCCGUCAAUGGCUAUCCUCCUCCCGGCCAUCAGCCUCCGCCCGGUCAACCUCAACAGUACCUUCCGCCUUUGCAGCCGCAGUCUGAUCCCCGAUCUUCGGCCUAUCCUCCUCCUCCGCCGGACCAACGUGGUUACUAUGAUGACCGCCGUCCACCAUACGGGCAAGAGGCGUAUAGCACGGAACCUUACUAUGCCUACUACCGCGGACAGCCUCCUCCUCCAGGACCUCCACCGCCAAAUGGCCACCCAGGCUACCGUCACAUCCCCGCCGGCGUCUAUGAAUACCCAGUCGGACAUGGCAAUGCGCCUCCUCUGACACAGGCAGCCCCACGACAACGAACAUCAAUUGCUUGUAGAUAUUGCCGGAAGAGAAAGAUCCGCUGCAGCGGCUACCAGAGCGCCCCCGGUGGCAAAUGCCAGAAUUGCGCCCGUAUGAACCAAGAAUGUAUCUUUCAGCCCGUGUCUUCUUCAAGCUCGACAGCUUUUAUCCCCGUGUCAGCGCUCCCAGGAGGUGUGCCCCCCGGCACUCAACUCUUUGGUGCCUAUGGGCAACCCCUGGCCCCAGGCACAGUCCCAGCACCUCCACCACCCCAUGCUGCUUAUCAGCAUGCUAGUGCCCCUCCCCCUCCUGGAAACUAUUACGCGCCUGUCCAGUCGCCUACAGAAUCCUUUUCGUCUUAUGGCGAAGCUAGAACCGAUGACGGCAGCCAGCUUGCAGGGCGACGACGUCGCAGGACGUCAGAAGAACAGGAUGAAGGCUAUAGACUGCCUCCUCCACGAAGUGCCGUGGACGAAGACCCGCGCAGAAGGUCUCCAGCAGAAUUUUCGAACCACAGCAGCCCAGGUGGAGUGGGGUACCCUCCGUAUCAAGGUGCAAGACAAAGCCCACGAAACCCAACGAGCGGCAGUUUGCCUCAAGCUGCAACAGCCGGUAGUUAUGCAGCUUCUGCACCUGGUGGUCGUUCCCCGACAGGCCAAAAUGGGUCAAGUGGUGCGUCCACCCCUGCGAGGCAGGGACAGCAGUCCCAAGGAGGAAAUGCAUCGAUCAUGAGUCUGAGCAACUUGGUAGAUAAAAGUGAUAUCGACAAGACUAUGAUUGAAAGGCUUAACCGACCUGCACCUGGUCAGCCUGGCGCACGACGAGAUGUCAGCCGCUAA